AUGUUUAUCUCUCGUUUCUCUGGAUACCCUGGCAUCAAAGUACUCGAAGCAAACUGAAUGGCUUCCGGAUGUGACACUAAUUUCUUUCGGGGCCUUUAUUUUGAAGAGGUUUUUCCUCGAACCGGAAGUUCCUGUUGGUUGACCCAGAAUUGGUUUCCGCUGGCGUGAUGUUGGAAGAAUUGUGAAUUUGGUGCUCAAUUUUCACUCCCAGUGGAAAAAUAACUACGACUUGAAAUCAUCUUUAUUUUAAACACAGGAGUGAAUGACAUCUGCUCGAUGUGACUCUGGCAGCCGUCGACCAUGAGUAAUAGCCACCCUCUGCGUCCUCUGGCCUCCGUGUCGGAGAUCGACCACAUCCACCUGCUGUCGGAGCAGCUUGGAGCCCUGGUGCUCGGCGAGGAGUACAGCGAUGUCACCUUCAUCGUGGAGGGGAAGCGCUUCCCAGCGCACCGGGUCAUCCUGGCAGCUCGCUGUCACUACUUCAGGGCCCUGCUGUAUGGUGGGAUGAAGGAAUCCCAGCCCCAGGCAGAGGUGUGUCUAGAGGAGACACGGGCUGAAGCCUUCUCGAUGCUGCUACACUACCUGUACACUGGCAGGGCCAGCCUCAGCUCCGCCCGGGAAGAGGUGCUGCUGGACUUCCUGGGCCUGGCUCACCGCUACGGCCUGCAGCCGCUGGAGGACUCCACAUCUGAGUUCCUCCGCACUAUUCUACACACCAACAACGUCUGCCUGGUUUUUGAUGUGGCCAGUCUGUACUCUCUGAGUGCUCUCAGUGCAGCCUGCUGUGCCUAUAUGGACAGACACGCACCUGAAGUGUUGAAUUCUGACGGCUUCCUCUUGCUCUCCAAGAUUGCACUGCUGACUGUCGUCAGGCGGGACUCGUUUGCUGCCAGCGAGAAGGAGAUCUUCCAAGCCUUGUGUCGCUGGUGUCGGCAACACACGGAGGGGUCUGACACCCAGGAAGUGAUGGCAGCGGUGCGACUGCCGCUCAUGACUCUGACAGAGAUGCUGAAUGUGGUGCGACCGUCUGGCCUGGUGAGCCCCGACGACCUGCUGGACGCCAUCAAGACCCGCUCUGAGAGCCGCAACAUGGACCUGAACUACCGUGGCAUGCUCAUCCCAGAGGAGAACAUUGCCACCAUGAAGUACGGAGCUCAGGUGGUGAAAGGGGAGCUAAAGUCAGCGCUGCUAGACGGAGACACCCAGAACUACGACCUGGACCACGGCUUCUCCCGACAUCCCAUCGAGGAGGAUGGCAGGGCCGGCAUCCAGGUCAAACUUGGCCAGGCAUCCAUCAUAAAUCACAUCCGCCUGCUGUUGUGGGACAGAGACAGCCGGUCUUACUCCUACUACAUCGAGGUAUCUAUGGAUGAGCUGGACUGGGUGCGUGUUGUGGAUCAUUCGAAGUAUCUCUGCCGCUCGUGGCAGAAUCUGCACUUCACACCACGAGUUUGCAGGUAUGUGCGCAUUGUGGGAACACACAACACAGUCAACAAGGUCUUCCACCUGGUGGCUUUCGAAUGCAUGUUCACCAACCGCUCCUUCACCCUGGAAAACGGACUUCUGGUUCCCACUGAGAAUGUGGCGACGAUCGCGUCGUGUGCCAGCGUCAUUGAGGGUGUGAGCCGUAGCAGGAAUGCGUUGCUCAACGGCGACACGCGCAACUACGACUGGGACUCUGGCUACACCUGCCAUCAGCUGGGCUCUGGAGCGAUCGUCAUCCAGCUGGCUCAGCCCUACUCCAUUAGCUCCUUGAGGCUGCUGCUGUGGGACUGCGACGAACGCUCCUACAGUUACUACAUUGAAGUAUCCACCAACCAGCAGCAGUGGACGAAGGUGGUCGACCGCACCAGGGUGGCGUGUCGAUCGUGGCAGACAUUGAAGUUUGAUAAGCAGCCUGCUUCUUUCAUCCGCAUCGUCGGGACUCACAACACUGCUAAUGAGGUGUUCCACUGCGUUCACUUCGAGUGUCCGGCCCAGCUGGACACGGAGGUUAAUGAAGGCAGCCCGGGCUUGGACUCCUCUGAUUCUGGGACCGCCACCCAGCUGCUGCGACCCCAGCGACCUUCACGCACACACAGCCUGCUGCCCUCCCAGCCCUCCUCCUCCUCAUCAUCUUCCUCACAGUCCCAUCAUUAAGACCACCCUUCCCUUUUCCCCCUUUUUGGAAGGAGUUAAGAGGAAGGGCAACCUCAGAAUGCCAUUUUGCACAGCCUUCAUCAUCCAGACCGCACUGCUACAACGCUGCUAAAGGCGAUCGUCUCACUGUCAUAACCCACGGUUUGUCUGUCAUAAGUGCAACAUUAGAGACUGGUAUAGGUGUAGCAGCCGUAUUUAGGGCUCCAGUCUUCCCUGUUUCGAAACAGAAAGUUAGUUAUUACGUCCACAGACUCGUACAUUUUUGUGAAGGUACUUUUAAGCUACUAAGACUCAAGUUUUUCCUUCGAAAUCAUCAAAGUGGAAUCUUGUCCAAAGAUGAGGCACACACUGAACUGUGGUUAAACUGUACCACCAAAGAGCAGUAAGAGCAGGUUGGGAGGGGGGGAGGGGGGGUUGCUAUUUGAAUUUUACAAGUUAAUAUUCCAAAAGAGAUGGGUUUUAUCCUUCAGCAAGCUAUUUUUUUAAGAAACUGUCUUGAAAUGACUCUACUCACUUUUCAUAACAUCAUCCUAACAAGAGUAGCAGUCAAGUAUUUUUCAAAGUUUGGAAUUAAAUUCUUGAAACAGUUGCCAAAGCUGUGGAACUAAUGCGUUCUGUGGCACUUGUAUGCAACUUGCACUUAAUCCAAUUAUGCAUUUGCAUAUGAAGUAAUAGCUGCUGAGUAUUUGUUAACAGGCUUUCACACCUAAAACUGAAAUCAGUGGUUCUUAUCUGGUGUGAUUUUUUUUUUUUUUUUUUUUUUUGAUAGUUUAAAAUUCGUACCUCAAGAAAGACCUCAUGAAAAUUAAACUUAGAUCGAAUUAAGUGGCUUAAUUUAGUAUUUUAAGCACUUGAACGGCAUCAGCACAAAUGAUUUGGGGAAUCAUUUAGGUUUUAAAAAAACUGGGGCUGAGGGGUUCGGACCAAAUUAUGUAUGCACUAGGGCUGCUGGGAAAACAACGUUUAUAUACAUUAGGUGAAUGAGCAGCUGCUAUUGGCACUUUAUUUUACUCAAGUACACAUAAAUAAAGGUUGGGUCUUUGACUGAAGUACAAUACUGAGGUGCUGGAUUUGGUAACUUUCUGUAACUUUUGGUAGUAUGUUAAAUUAAUUUACACACUUCCUCGCUCUUGGAUGUGUAUUUUGUGUGUGUUUUUGGAAGUUUGUUUUAAAAUUAAGCUAUCAGUGCUGUGGUUCCUGUUUGUUCUCUUUGUGUCCUGAUGUUGCACUUCUGAGUUGUUUGUCUCGAAAAAACUCCUUUAUUUCAAACGUUUUAUUUGAUGUUAAGUAUAACCUCAAAUACCUGACUACCCUGGGUGACCCACUGACGCUUCUCUAACAGUUCAUUUUGGUCAUCCCCGUCUACAUUUUAGAAGAUCACCCAUACUUGGAUAAAGUCUUCCUCCAUGAGUAACCAUAGAACCGAAAUAGGGCUUAGUUCAGGUCACAUUGUCAUGUAGAGAACACACUCCCCACCCCAUCUACCUUUAUGUAUGUGUAUAGAUUUUACUUAAUAUAUAUUAGUUUUGACCAUUGACGUGUGAUAGCAUUUCACUGCCUCUUGUUUGAUACGUUGCCCAUCAAAAAUGUGAUUAUGGAAACAACUGAUAUUGUUUAUGAAUGUUCAUUGCUGUGAGGGGGGUCACGCCCGACUGCUUGCUUCAAUCGCUGCUGUGAAACACAGUGGAUGUCUUUGAAACAAGCAAUACAGUGAUCUCUGUGUUAGUCUUGAGAGCCUCUGUUACAGACCACCAGUCACAACGUAUUCAGGAAAAUGCUGAUGUGUAAAGCUGCCCAAGCAGAUAUUUUAUUGUCAUGAAACAUUUAAAAACAUCUCAUUUUCAACCUCAAA